AUGUUGAAGAAACAUCCCAAGUCGAUUCGCUGGAGUUCAGUAUUCAAAGGUAUUAUCGUGAUUGAAGGUCUAGCAGCAGCUGGAGGUUACUUCGUUUGGUACAAAUUGUGCAAUUCAAGUGACUUCCGGAAAUACAUGCACCAAAACCACGCCUGGGCUCUGGACGUGUUCUACACUACGUUGCAGACGUUCGGAGACGAAUCCAUCACGCAGGCGAAAGAUCUGGAGCUUUGGAAGAAGAGAAAUAUGAGUGCGGGUAGAGAAGAUGUUUCCAAGUGGUUUCCAGCCGGCGACUGGGAAGAUGACGAGAGGAUGCAAGCCAUGUUUGAACCAUUCAUGUCAAAGAACGCCAUUCCAGAAGCAUACGAGGGCAAAAUGGCGUUUUGGUUCGAUGUGAUUGAAAAGUACUGCGUGAGCAUGAAACAGCCAUUGGUGACGGCCGCGUCACUCAGGUCCGUCUUCCACCGGAAAGGCAAACAUCCGGAUUGUCUGCGAGACGUUUUGGCCGAAAUGUGCACCAAAAGGGAGCAAAACAGCGUCGGGUUUGCGCUGGUGCCAGUGGACAAAUUGCCUGGGGCGUCUUGGGCCUCUGUUGGAGAGUCUUGGGGAGGAUGGGCCUUUCGAUCCGCAUCCACGGUAGCUGUUAGUGCCAUGGGAUGGUUAUCUCCGAAAGCGACUGACUCUGGAAUGGAUUCCGCUGUGGAAUUCGUGCAUCCGAAAACGAUAGCCAAAAUGUCUCACGAAUUGUUGGAAGAUCAACAAGCAUUAUUCAAGGAAGGGAAAUGCGAGAAUGUGAUGUCUAUAGAGUGUUUUCAACGGCUGCUGGGCUCCAAAUACAAGAAUCUCGUAAUUUUGGAGAAAAUGCUGGGAGAAAUGCAAAGGAGCGGAAGUGUCAAAUUGGGGAUGACAUCCGCCGGGAAAUUUCUCAAAUUUGAAGCACCUGCUGGUGACCCGAUUACCAACACUGAUGUUGGUGUUGCCAAGUUGAAGAAGCUGGAGUUUGAGUUGUUGCAGCGUGUAGAACAGCUUGAAUUAGAUAUGCAUGCCGUGAGAGAAGAAGCCAAGAAAUUAUUGGGCCAGGGCCAAAGAGACAUGGCCAAAAAGCGUUUGAGACGCAAACGGGCCCUGGAAAGAAAACUGGACGUGCAAUCAGGGGCUUUAGACAAUGUGACUGACCUGUUGGACCAAAUCCGCCAUUCUCGCACCAACGCAGAAGUGUUGUCUGUGCUCGGAGCUGGCCUCCGCUCCCUCAACUCAGCCCUGGGCCACGGUGGCCCAGACGAUGCCCUCAAGCUGAUGGACGAAGUUCGGGAUGGAUUGGCCGAUGCUGCCGAGGUGUCGGAGGCCAUCGCGGCCGCCAGUGGGCCGACUAACAUUGCGGAGUUGGAGGAAGAGUUGGCUGGGCUGCUGAGUGACGAAGAAGAGACGCCCGUGGCGGCUACUGCUGCAGCUUCGUUGCCUGAACUCCCGGAAGUGCCUAAGCAUGCUGUGACUACUCCUCAGAAAGUUUCUGGAUCUGGGGAUGAUUUAGAAGAUCGGCUCCACGAAGUUCGGGAUGGAUUGGCCGAUGCUGCCGAGGUGUCGGAGGCCAUCGCGGCCGCCAGUGGGCCGACUAACAUUGCGGAGUUGGAGGAAGAGUUGGCUGGGCUGCUGAGUGACCAAGAAGAGACGCCCGUGGCGGCUACUGCUGCAGCUUCGUUGCCUGAACUCCCGGAAGUGCCUAAGCAUGCUGUGACUACUCCUCAGAAAGUUUCUGGAUCUGGGGAUGAUUUAGAAGAUCGGCUCCGUAAGAAGAGACGCCCGUGGCGGCUACUGCUGCAGCUUCGUUGCCUGAACUCCCUGAAGUGCCUAAGCAUGCUGUGA